CAUAACCCAUUAACCCCUCUCCGCCGCCAACAUGAACGUGCUCAAGCUGCAGAAGAAGUACCCGCAAUUCCAACAGCAAGAGAUCUACGGCCUCAACGAUGCAUUCCGCCGCCUCGACGUUGACGACAAGGGCUACGUCGACGAAGCGACCGCGAUCAAAUCUGCUCAAGGCAGCGAACGUCAACCCUACGAUGUGGUCCGCCAGGCGCUGAAAGAGGUGGAGCUGGACAGUUCGCGGCGCGUGGAGCUGGACGACUAUGUGGACUUGAUCGCGCGGCUACGAGAGAGUAGUCCGGCGCAGCAGAGAUCGCGCGGUUUCAGCAAUGCAAAGAAGCCCGACGCCCAACAAUCUUCCGCACCUUCUGCGCCCUCACAUGCGAGCAAAGGCAGUGUCGGAGGUGGUACGACUGCAAAGGCUGGACGCAUCACGGUGGGAGGAUCGACCGCCAGCUCCCAACAUACCAUCAACGAGGACGAGCGCACUGCCUUCACCUCCCACAUCAAUGCCGUUCUUGCGGGCGAUGCGGAUGUCGGACAUCUUCUUCCGUUCCCGCUCGACACCUUUGAAAUGUUCGACUCUUGCCGGGACGGUCUGGUGCUGGCCAAGCUCAUCAACGACAGCGUGCCUGACACGAUUGACGAACGUGUGCUGAAUCGCGAGGGCAAGAAGAUCAAGAAGCUGAAUGCCUUCCACAUGACGGAGAACAACAACAUCGUGAUUGAAUCAGCCAAGGGUAUUGGCUGCUCAGUGGUGAACAUUGGCGCGGGAGACAUCAUCGAAGUGAGAGAACAUCUCAUACUUGGUCUGAUCUGGCAGGUCAUUCGCCGAGGUCUGCUGGGCAAGAUUGACAUUAAGCUACAUCCGGAAUUGUAUCGAUUGCUGGAAGAUGGCGAGACAUUGGAGCAGUUCCUCCGUCUUCCGCCAGAGCAAAUCUUGCUGAGAUGGUUCAACUAUCACUUGAAGAACGCUGGAUGGCAAAGAAGGUUGCAGAACUUCUCCAACGAUGUCAAAGACGGCGAGAACUACACCGUCCUCCUCAACCAACUUGCACCAAACAUCUGCUCGCGAUCGCCCCUCCAAACCUCCGACCUCCACCAACGAGCUGAGCAAGUCCUCUCCAACUCCGACCGACUCGAUCCGCCAUGCCGCAAGUUCCUCACCCCGCAAUCCCUCGUCGCUGGCAACCCCAAGCUCAACCUCGCAUUUGUCGCCAAUCUGUUCAACAACCACCCAGGCCUGGACCCCAUCACGGAGGAAGAGAAGGCUGAGAUUGAGGACUUUGACGCAGAGGGAGAGCGGGAGGCUCGAGUAUUCACCCUGUGGCUGAACAGCAUGGAUGUGAAACCGAGUGUUUCAUCCUUCUUUGAUGAUCUCAAAGAUGGUGUGAUUCUGCUACAGGCGUACGACAAGGUGAUCCCUGGGAGUGUCAACUGGCGACACGUCAACAAGCCGCCAGCCACGGCGUCGGGCAUGUCCCGCUUCAAGGCAAUGGAGAAUACCAAUUAUGCGGUCGAGCUCGGAAAGCAAAACCGCUUUUCCUUGGUGGGUAUUCAGGGUGCCGACAUCACGGACGGGCAGCGUACACUGGUGCUGGGUUUGGUGUGGCAGUUGAUGCGGCGCCACAUUACAAACACGCUGUCUGACCUGGCUGCUCGUCUGGGCAAGCGCGAGAUUACCGAUGCGGACAUGGUGCAAUGGGCGAACAACACGGUGAAGAAGGGCGGUCGUUCAUCGGCAGUCCGCGGCUUCAAGGACCCGCAGAUUGCGUCGGGCGUGUUCUUGUUGGACGUGCUGAAUGGGAUGAAAUCGAGCUACGUCGACUAUGACCUGGUCGCGACGGGCGGGAGUGAUGAGGAGAGGUAUGCCAAUGCCAAGCUGGCCAUCAGUAUUGCGAGAAAGAUGGGCGCGACGAUUUUUCUGGUGCCGGAGGACAUUACGAGCUUGCGCACGAGGUUGAUUGUGACGUUUGUGGGAAGUCUGAUGGCGGCGUCGGAGAAGAUGGGUUGA